UAAUGCUUCUUUCACCACUAAAAGUGUAAUUCAGUACAGUAGUCAGAAUGAAACGAUGUCCCCACCCCACACACCUCCGAAAUCUUAACAGCGCCACCUAUGAAUCAAAACAAAAAGCAAGCUAUUUUUCCGUGGAUGUUUUGAAUUUGAGAAUGAUGAAAUGGAUAGUGAACUAGCAAAAAGACCACACUCCACACCUAAAAGGUCAGUAGAAGAUUCAAAUACACAGCGGAAAUCAGGAAGCUGUCUGGAUGAAUCCUAUUCAUUUAAUUCUACUGGUGAUUCCACGCGGUCACUGUUGUCGGUCUUGUCCCAUAGCAGUGUGGAAAGCAUAUCAGAACAUGAAAUUUCCGACAAGGUAGAACACGACAAAAACGAUGACAGACGUGAUGAAAUAAAAAGCCAAUCAUCAAAUAGUUCAUUCAGGACUGACAGUAAAGUGCGAUCACUCACUGCAUCUCCAGAUAAUGUUGCUGAGGAGCUAGACAGCAAACUAAAUGUCUUUGAGAAAUGGUUAGUGAAGAAAAUUAAAGAAGAAAGGAAGGCAAUAAAGAAACAAAUAAAAAAGGAAGAAGAAGCUAAAAGACAGAAACAGGAACAGGAGAAUGAAAAGAAAGAAAGACAAAAGAUGAUAGAACAGAGAAUAGAAGCAUGGGUCUUAGAACAUAAUACACAAGAUAAGUACAGGAGGAGGGUUAAAAUCAGGGAAGAAAAAAUGAAACAAGAAAUGAAAGAGGAAGAAAAGAGACGGACAGAAGAAAAGGAAAAGGCUUGCAGAGAAGAAUGGCUAGCUAAGAAAAAGGAGGAACAGAGACUGAAAGCUAUGAAGGAAAAAGAAGAAAAAGAAAAGAAAACGAGGGAAGAGAUUGAAAGGAAAGAAAAAGCGCAAGCAAUAUAUGAAGAAUGGUAUAAAAAUUCAAUACAAAAACCACGUAAAGUAAAGAACUCAUAUGCUUACAGUGAAGGAACAUUGAAAGGCUAUUAUGAUUAUGCUGCAUAUCCAUUGCCUAGUUACUGUAACCCAAUCCCAUGGAAACCAAUCCCUGUUCCACAGGAAGCAGAUGACAUUCCAUCGGCAAAGAGUAGACGACAUGGCAAAAAGAAACGUCUACAAGAUCCAUCUCCCCCUCUCUUGUUCAAAGCGAGAACUGCAAAAGAAAACAUUGUUGCUUUUGGACGUCCUAGGUGAUGACAGCUUAAUUGAGGUUACCGUAUGUUGUUUUAUUUAAGUCAUCUUUUAGUUAAGUAUCAAAUGCAUAUAACUAUGUAAGGAUUUGUGAUAAACAAUUAAUGAAGAUUGGAUCAACAACUGUUAAGGCUAAUGCAGGGGUUUAACAUGGGGACAUGUAAGGGGAUGUUAUCUCGGAGAAUGAAGUAAUUUUAAAGCUAGGCAAAUUUUCAAUUUGAUGGUGUUAACGCUUUAUAAAUUUAAAGAAAAUAGUAUAAAAUAUGGUUAUUUCUUGAUGCGACUCCUAAUACACUCACGAGUACAUCAAGAGGGCUUAUUAUGCGGAUAUUGCUGGACAGUUCAUUGUCUAAUGUACUGUUUCUUGUAAUUUAACUUUAUUUUUUCUUUCUAAUUGCUCUUUAGAAUUGAAACAGUACCAUACUUGCUUUUCUUACUGGUAGAGUAAACCCCCUCAGAUGUUAUGGUUCUACAGUAUGUGAACCUGGUUGUGGGUGAUUGAUUGUAUAUGAAAUAAUUUCAAAAAAUUUGAAUGCUAUACUCUGUUACAGUAACUUUCUGCUAGGCAUGGUCUACCAAUACAAAUUGCAGACAAUGUGACACUGAAUAUUCAACAUACAGUAGUACUGUAUAUCAGUUAUUUUGAACGAGAAUGCAAUAAACCAAAACAUCAAUAACCUGCAGGACACCUACUCCACCAAAAAUGGUAUUUAAACAUGCAAUUAUUAUUGCAAAGGAGGCCUAUACCUAAAUGAAAUGACAACAAAGUAUAAAAACCUUUAAAAAGGUAGUUUCAAUAAUUAAUACACAGUAAAUACCAUUUAUUUCUUUUCAUUAACACUGUACAUCAAGAGGCCCUGAUACUCACAAUAAGAGUUCUAUAAACCAACUAUUCCACAUUA